UUUGAUCGGGUUCCAUAUUCCUUCCCGUGGCGAGAGACGUGAUGUCUUCACGUUCACAGUCUCAAGAAAGUGAUGCUUGGGCUCUUUUAGCCCUAAAAUCAGCACCAUCAAGUCCUACGAAACUACAAUGGAGCCCGGAGAGCAAAGGAACCGUAAUAGCAAGAUUAGAAGGGCGAGAAUUCGAAUAUAUGGUGAGACAGAAAAGAAUCAUCAUAGGCCGAAAUAGCUCUCGAGGUGAGGUCGAUGUAAACAUGGGACAUUCUAGUUUUAUUUCUCGUAAACAUCUAGAGCUGUUUUUCGAACAUCCUAACUUUUAUAUGGUGUGCAACGGGAAGAAUGGUGUUUUUGUGGACGGCGUAUUCCAAAGAAAAGGAGCUCCUCAGCUACAGUUACCUAAACAAUGCACGUUCCGGUUCCCCAGCACCAACAUACGGCUGGUGUUCCAGUCCCUGGUAGACGAGACAGAUCCUCCGCUACAGUUGGCGACCAAGUCCACUUCUCGGCCUCCACUGCCACCUCUGCGCAUCAACAUUCCUGAGCCGGCCGACACCACCUUCACAAGCCCCUUUCCCUCCCCCACUGGCACCAUCAGUGCUGCCAAUUCGUGCCCUGCCAGUCCUCGUGGAGGCCACGGCAGACGCAAUGUCUCUGCUGAUCUACAGAUGGCUGCAGUAUACGCGGCCGCAGUCGCUGGUCCUGUUGUCAACACUGUCACUGUGUCUACAAGCAACACCCACGACAGGUAUUCAGAACCGUAUGAUAACAUAAGUGGGGAGGUUCUACUGGAUGGUUCAGGCCAAAUGAGUGAGAGCGACAACAAACUGUUUAGAUCAACCAAUGGGUGUCCUCCGCCCAUCAACGAACCGUACAGCCCGCCCAAGAGAGGUGAGGGAGGCCAGGAAGACACUAAACCACCCUUCUCGUACGCUCAGCUGAUAGUGCAGGCAGUGGCCAGUGUGACGGACAAGCAGCUCACACUUAGCGGCAUCUACAGCUACAUCACCAAGAACUACCCGUACUACCGCACUGCCGACAAGGGCUGGCAGAACUCGAUACGACACAACCUGUCGCUGAAUCGCUAUUUCAUCAAGGUGCCACGGUCGCAGGAGGAGCCGGGCAAGGGCUCAUUCUGGCGCAUCGACCCUCAGUCUGAGACCAAGCUGAUAGAGCAGGCGUUCCGGCGGCGACGCCAGCGCGGGGUACCCUGCUUCCGCGUGCCCUUCGGUCUCUCUUCCAGGUCUGCUCCUGCUUCUCCCAGUCACCUUGGAAUGUCCGGACUGAUGACUCCAGAGUCCCUGUCCCGGGAAGGCUCUCCCACUCCGGAUUCCACAGUCAACUCUCCGGUCAUCACCAGCCAGAGUGCUCCCGGCAGUCCUGGCCAUCCGGGUGCUACUUUCGUAACGUCGGCAAAGCCGAGAAUCAUGCAACAUGUUACGCUAGUCACCAACGGAGACCUGCCUAGAGAAGGUUUGGGUUACCAAGAGCUUCUUUACGACAAUGUGUGGCUAAAGAGUAACAAAGGUGUGGGAACGGAAAAUGCUGGAUAUCUCGCCAGUCAUCACUCAGUGGCUGUGGAGGACAGGUCGGACUCUCCAUCUGUGAUUGUUCAGACUUCGUACAAUUACACGGGUCAGUUCAUGGGUCCGACGUGUGGAGAAGGGGGAGGGGGCGGGACCAAGCGGGGACUAGAGGACGAUGAACUGCAGCAACACAUCAAGCGAGAGAGAGUAGAAGAACAAAUAGAACAUUCGUAAAAUGAAGUAGCAGUUUUUCAGCCCGGAAUGUAGAAGACCUAACCUGGAAAUUCGUCUAACGCAGAACUAAAGUUUAAUUUCCUAUUUUCGAGUCUCUUUUUUUUGUUUGGUGGAAGAUUUUACUUGAGUUCCGGGCAGAAAUUCGCCUGUAUAGAUCGCUUCAGCAUUUCAAAAGUUGUUGUGUAUAUAUUAUAUAUAUACUGCAUAUGUAUUUUACCCCAAUCAAAAUCUAUUAUUUGAAAGUGCAAAAACAGAUUUGUUUAAAUUAUUUAUCGCACUGGAGUAUAUAGUAGUAUAUGUGUGCUAAUAGAUUGUAAAAGUGUACUUUGGCGGCAGUUAAAUUUUUUUUUAUAUGACUAUACACUUUUAUCAUAAAAUUUAUGUUUUCCCAGAAAACAUUCUGACCUCUGUUGUUGUGUUUAGUUUUUUAUUUUGUUGAAAUAAAUCAUUUAAUGAUCACGAGUAUUCUUAUAAUGUAAGGAUUAAUUUACAGUGUGAUUAAUUAUAACUGUACUCGUUACCAACAGAAUCAUUUUUGACAGAAUAUGUUAUCAAUUUUGUAAAUACAAAUCAAUUGUACUGUUAUCAAUUGUAUCAUUUUAUUUGACUUACUAUCUAUAUUUUUCCUUUGUAACAAGUUUUGAGUUGUUUAGAUUAAAUUUGUUUCCCUUGGAAUUUCUUUUCAAAAAUUAAUACAAGAGUGGAACUUUACUUUAUAACAAAAUCAGUUUCAAUCCCUAUCCAAUAUAAAACUUGAGUUUGUUGUAAACUUAAGUUGUACUCUCAUUCUUGGUUGUUAUGAUUUGGAAUACAAAAAUUUGUUUUUGUCUGCUAUUUUUAAACUUGACGUUAACUAUGCAACAAUCUUUAGUGUGACGAAUCAGAAAUAAAACCUUUUUAGGUGACUAAUAUUGUAAAAAUAUUUUGUCAUGUUGCAUAAGUGUCAAUCUCGCAAGCCAAUCUGCAGAUUAACAAAAUUCUAAGAAAAUGAAAAUGUUAGAAAAUAUAAAAAAAAAUGAGUUAAAGUGAACAUCAAUGGUGGACAAAUUAACUGGUUUUAAUCACCAACAAAGCUACUUUAAUUAUGUUAUUGAGUAUUUUAAAUGAUCUCAGUGUGAGAAAAAGAUUAAAUAAACCAAUCUAUAUAUUAAAACUUAUUGGGUUUUCUUUUCCGAGUAAGUCACAGAAUCGAGUAAUACAUUAAUCUUGAGGAAAUCUUUUGUCAUUUUUUGUCCCAUGUCACAAACUCUUUGAUAGUGCAAGAGCUGUGAAGUAGCCUACUGAUUGUGUGAAGUGAUAGCUUAUGUCACAUAUUUCGCCAGGAUAGAAUUGUGCGUCUUAUAGAGUGGUAGGAAAUUAGUAGAACGUGUAUUUAUUUAUUUGAAUGGAUUCUAGUAUUGAAUUCAUAAUCAGUUCUACAGCUUAACUGAUGUUUCACUUGUAAAGACUAUAUAACUGGCUCCAACUCAGACCACAUCAAUCGCGGUUCUUAGCAGAUUCAUCAAGUCAUUGAUUGAGGCAGUUACAUUAUUUUUGUUUUUAGGUUAGACGUUUUUGUUCACACUCAUAAUAAAUCCUUGUGACCUUAUGAUCCUUGUUGUCUGUAUUUGUUUCAUCUGAUAAACCAGUGUUAGCGUGACAAAGUAUUUAGUAAUUUAUCUUUACAGAUAAUAUUACUUUUGUAUUGACUAUUAAGUGAUACAAAUAUUUAUUUUCAACUAUGUUGUUAUUAAUACAAUAUAAUAAAAUCAUUUUCUCGUAUAUUUUUACGAUAUUGACUCUUAAUUUAAUUUACUAAAAUAAUGUGUCAUUUAACUAAUCAACCAAAUAUUUUUUCUCAUUUUAGUAUGUCAAGUAUAUUCCCAAGUUUGCCUGGGAACUCAAUAAUUCGGUUGGUUGAAAUGUAUUAAGUUUUUUUCAUAUAAUCACCCACCACUAAUGUACUAUAAGACACUGCCAGUAACGUAAGAGUAGAUGUUGACAUACUGUCGCCAAGUACACGAGUGCGUUGUAAGUAAUAUUGUUAUAAGCACCAAACUUGUUGCUUGUUAGAAAAUAUUUCACUUAGCCUCAAAACAUUAGUUGUUACCCAAAUCUGAUCAUUUAUUUCACGAGACAAUAAUGUUUUAUUUCGACCAAACGCUCCUCGGACCUUUCGGUUUAUAAAUCGAUUGUUAAUAUAUUAUCAGAUUGAAUUUUAUUAUUGUUAUUUUACGUUGUUCCAUUUUGUAUUACAUUUUCAUCGUGUAUAAAGUUUAUUUUAUUCAUGCAGAGGA